ACUCACACGCGCGCGCACACACAUACACACACGCGCGCGCGCGCGCACACACACAUAUACACACACACUCGCACACAGGUGAUGUAAGAUCGGUGUUGUCGGUUCAUGUUUGGCAACACAACUGGAAUCUGAUGAUAUCGAGUGAUUGUGCUGCAGGAUUCAUCAUGAGGACGUCGCUUUUCUUUGGUCUGUUGCUGUUUCUGACAGAAACAUGUUUGGCACAGAAGCCACAUCCAUGCCGCUCGCCGCCGCUGCUGUCCGGCAGUCUGAGUGUGAGUGCUAGAGACGGUCAGGACUGGGCGUUUGCUAAAUAUCGCUAUGAUGCUUUUGGGCAGCGUAUCCGCUUAUGGGAAUUUGGACAACAUGACAGCAAAUCCUUCCAUCUGAAUAUGCUGUUCCUCUUUCGGGAGGGUGUCGUUUACACCAUCGACCACAAGAACAAGACGUGUCAGAAGAAUCCUCUCCACGCCACCUUCCACCCCACAGAGAUUCCACGCAACGCCUCGCUGCUGGCACAGGUGGUGAUGGGCAGUUCGUCAGCGCCAGGCGAAGGUCUGCUGGUCAACACCUGGACUGGAGUCGUACCUGAGACUCAAGGUAAAUACCUAGCAACAGUUACCGAGUUCGGAUGCAUCCCGGUGUCGACCUUAUACCACUCAGCGGAGACUGGAUGGGUGGUCACGACAUACUUUGACGCAGUAAAAGGGAUCGAAGACCCCGAUCAGUUCAUUCCUCCGUCAUUCUGUACUGACACACAAACAGAAGACAAGACGCUUGAUUUCUUCAGCGGCUUUCUCUGAGGAACAUCUACAACAGGAAUGUGUUGAAGCAGUGAUUACUAUAAUAUUAAUAAUCAAAAGAACAUCCAAACACAAUCUGUAGUCGUGCUCACUUUCCAUAAAAGCACUUUAAUCAUUUAAGGAAAAAUAAAAGUUUUAUGCUU